AUAAGUCCCAGUUUUUUACCGCGCACUAAAUCCAACAUGGCGGACAAGGAGUACAAGAUUUCAGUAAACAGAGAAUAUGCCAAGAGAUUCGAGAAGAAUCAACAACGGGCCGAACUCCAUAGAUUGAAGGCUAAAUAUGGUGAAAGUGCUACCGCUGACCAGGAAUCGAGUUCUUCUGAAACAGAGGACGAGGAUGCAGAGGCACUCACAGCACAGAAAGAGAAGGAUUUUCUCAAAGUAUUGGCCAUGUUAAAGAAAAAAGACCCAAAGAUUUACGACAAAGAUGCAACAUUUUAUGAGUCAGAUGACUCAUCCUCAUCCAAUGAUAAGGAAAAAAGCAAGAAGCCUCAAAAGCCAAUGUUCCUCAAGGACUAUGAGAGGAAAAGACUUCUGGAGAAAGGAAGUAAAGCAUUUGUAAGUGAUGAAGAGAGCAGUGAUGAAGACGAAUCAGAGCAGAAUAAAAAGCUCACAUAUGAUGAGGAGCAAAAGGCAUUAAAGGAUAGUUUCAAACUAGCUGUUAAUGAUGAAGAAGAGGACGACAAUGGGAAUUUUCUGAAAGUGAGACAAAAAUUAGAGGAUGAAAAGAAACAAGAAGAAGUUGAUUAUAAAGAGUGGCUGAAAGGAGAGAAAAAAAGAAUUGAUGCUCAAGCAGCAAAAGAAAUGGAUGGACUUCAGCGUUACUGGAAUGACCCAAACCUAGACAAAGAUGAACUGUUUCUUAGGGACUACAUCUUGGACAGGAAAUACAUUGAUAAAGAAGAUGACAGAAUUCCAACAUAUGAAGAAAUUGUGAAUGAGGAAGAUGAGGAUGAAAAUGAAGUAGAAAAGCAAGAGGAAUUUGAAAGGAAAUACAACUUCCGCUUCGAAGAGCCUGAUGCUGCUUUUAUUAAAAGCUACCCAAGGACCAUCAGUGCAUCUGUUAGACAUAAGGAUGAGAGAAGGAAAGAGGCUCGCAAACAACGAGAAGAAAGAAAGAAAAAGGAAAAAGAGCAAAAAAGAGAGGAGAUAAAACGAAUGAAAAACCUGAAAAGAAAAGAGAUUCAAGAUAAAUUAAAAAAGUUGAAGGAGAUAACAGGCAAUCCUAAUGUAGGAUUCACCGAUGAAGAUGUGGAAGGGGAUUUUGAUCCAGCAAAAUAUGAUGAGGCGAUGAAGAAAGUAUUUGAUGACGAGUUUUAUGAAGAAGCAGAGGAAGAGGAACCCCAGUUUGAUAAUGAUGAUUUGGAUGAUGUUUAUGAGGAGAACUGGGACGAGUGGCAGGGUCGCGACGCCGGAGGAGAAGGUUACGCUGAAGAUGACUACGAACUUGGCUAUGAUGACCCAGGGUUCAACAUGGACGCCGACUAUGACCCAACCCAAGACACCGAGUCCGGGAAAAAAAAACUGAAAAAGAAGUCGAAGUUUGCCAAAGCGCUCAACAAGAACAAACCUUUGUUUGAUCCCAAUGAGAAAACGUUCGAAGAGUAUUUCGACGAAUAUUAUAAGUUGGAUUAUGAAGACAUCAUUGGGGACAUGCCGUGUAGAUUUAAAUACAGACAGGUCACUCCUAAUGACUACGGCCUUAGCGCAGAAGAGGUAUUGAAAUUUCCAGAGAGGGAGCUAAAUCAGUGGGUCUCCGUAAAGAAGAUGUCGCAGUAUCGAUCCACUGAAGAGGAAAUUCGUGAUUUGAAGAAGUAUCGCAAACUCAGCAAUGAUGAGAAGCGAAGGCGACGGAUAUUUACUUCCGCUGCAACAGAAUCGGAGACAAAUGAAGAAGUACGGGCUGCGAAAUCAAGUAAUGACCGAGUAGACUCGGGUAUAUCACAGACUGACGUCACGAAAUCUGAAGCAAAUGGGUCUCCGAGAAACCAGCCUCAUUCUCACCCCAAAGAAAACACAGCCAAAGAAAGAACUUUCCAGAAAGAUAAACAAAAAGCGGCGUUUUUGCAAAGGAAAGGAUGGAAGAGAAAACUAUCUGCAAAAGAAGAAAUGGAAAUGGCGAAAAAGCGAAAGCUUCUGAGACAAUUCAAAGGCGCCAGGAAAGAAAAACUUGCCAAACUUUCGGCAGAGAGGUUAUCGGCUUACGGUCUGAAUAAGAAGCGGUGAAUAGUGCUAAUAAUAAGCAUUUUUUAACGAUUUUAGCUUUUGAUUUAGAAAAAUAAAAAUUAGAGACAAGUAAAA